GGUUAGUGGGGCUAACCAGCUCCGACCCCGCCAUAAACUUGAAAUUUUAUUUUAUUUUCUUCGCUCUCUUUUUUUAUCAACGGCCGUAACGGCGCCAUUCCAAUUGUUACUUGUCACGAGUGACGAAAAAACAAAAAAAAAAACAGAUUAGACGAGUCUGUUUUAAUUAAUCCUGGUCGUUCACAACGGUCUCUGAUAUCGAUAUCAUUAGCUUUACCAUCCCAGCAAGCUAAUCUAAAGUUCAUAUCUCGGUCUAUCUAUUAUCUAUCGAUCUACCCUGUGCCCCUCCCACCGAUUUGUGAAUUCAUCUACUUCUGCUAUCCAUAAAUAUCUCAUUUAUUAGCGCGAGGAAAUUUCAAUUGGAAACCAUUCAAAUCAGUCGCCAUGUCGGCAACCCAGAGAAUCGCUAUCCUUUCCGUCUAUGAUAAGACUGGCCUGUUGGACCUAGCUAAGGGCCUCGUACAACAGAAUGUGCGAAUUUUGGCAUCCGGAGGCACGGCCAAGAUGAUUCGCGAGUCUGGAUUUCCGGUCGAGGACAUCUCCGCCAUCACAAAAGCCCCCGAAAUGCUUUCUGGCCGAGUUAAGACCCUGCACCCGGCUGUCCACGCUGGUAUACUUGCGCGCAACUUGGCCACCGAUGAGAAAGACCUAGCUGAGCAGAGCAUUGACAAGGUCGACUACGUCAUCUGCAACUUGUACCCUUUCAAAGACACUGUGUCCAAGCCCAACGUUACUGUUCCCGAAGCUGUCGAGGAAAUCGAUAUAGGAGGUGUUACCCUUAUCCGAGCAGCUGCCAAGAACCACUCGCGGGUCACCAUUCUCAGCGACCCCAAUGACUAUCCCGAAUUCCUAAAGGAGCUCGAGAGCGGGGAGAUUAAGGAGGACAGCCGUAAGAGAUAUGCUCUGAAGGCUUUCGAGCACACAGCCGACUACGAUGCUCACAUCGCUGCUUUCUUCCGUGCGCGAUACGCCGGCGAAGGCCAAGAGUACCAACAAUACUUGCCUCUCCGAUAUGGUGCUAACCCUCACCAAAAACCGGCAGCUGCCUACACAACAUCUACCAAAUUACCUUUCAAGGUCCUUGGUGGUUCCCCUGGCUAUAUCAAUCUCCUUGAUGCCUUGAACAGCUGGCCGCUGGUAAAGGAGCUGAAGAAAGCUCUCGGAAAGCCCGCAGCUGCUAGCUUCAAGCAUGUAUCUCCCGCAGGUGCUGCCAUCGGCGUUCCUCUGAGUGCCGAGGAGCGUAAGGUCUACUUCGUCGACGACAUCCAAGGCAUUGAGACUUCAGGCCUUGCCCAAGCUUAUGCUCGAGCCCGAGGCGCUGACCGAAUGAGCAGUUUUGGAGACAUUAUCGCUCUGAGCGAUGUGGUCGAUGUCCCUACUGCUAGCAUCAUUUCUAAGGAGGUCUCUGACGGUGUCAUUGCACCUGGAUACGAGGAUGCCGCUUUAGAGAUCCUCAGAAAGAAGAAGGGUGGCAAGUAUCUUGUCCUGCAAAUAGACCCUGAGUACCAGCCAGACCCUACUGAGGUCAGAACUGUGUAUGGUGUGACCCUCACCCAACACCGUAACGACAUCGAGCUCUCUCCAGCUUCCUUCUCCCGAACUAUCACACCUAAGGACUUUGUCCUCCCCGAAGCUGCUGCCCGGGAUUUGACCGUUGCUACGAUCGCCCUUAAGUACACACAAAGCAACUCCGUGUGCUACGCCAAGAACGGACAAGUCAUUGGUCUUGGAGCUGGCCAGCAGUCCCGUAUCCACUGCACUCGUCUAGCGGGUGACAAGGCUGAUAACUGGUGGCUUCGCUUCCACCCUCGUGUCCUUGGCAUCAAGUGGAAGAAGGGCACCAAGCGACCCGACAAGAGCAACGCCAUUGACCUGCUAGUGAGCGGCGAGCUGCCCAAGGGUGGCCCCGAGCGCGAAGCGUUCGAGUCGAUCUUCGAGGAGGUGCCCGCCGCCUUCACUGAAGAGGAGCGCAACGACUGGCUCAGCAAGCUAGGCGAAGUCGCCAUCUCUAGCGAUGCUUUCUUCCCCUUCGUCGACAACAUCUACCGCGCACACCGCUCCGGCGUGAAGUACAUGGCGGCGCCCGGCGGCAGUCAGAACGACUUCGCCGUCUACGAGACGGCCGAGAAGCUCGGCAUCGUCUUCGUGGAGCAGAACAUUCGUCUCUUCCAUCACUAA